AUGGCCUGCCCCAUCCCUUCCGCACGAACCUAUCCUCUCCGAAAACCUCCCAACCAUACCCUUCCAGUUCCCCGCUACACUAUUACCCUUCCCUCAACCACAACACACAUCCACACUCUCUACGUAGGCCUACAGACCCAUUCCGCCAACCCUGGCAUCGCAGCUGCACUCAAGCAAGCCCAGCAGCAAAUCCAAACAUGGAUCGAAUCCUCAGACAGCGUGUACGAGACCUUGACACUACUCGACCCCACAAACGACGAAUCCUCAAACAGCGUAUACGAGACCUUGACACUACUCGACCCCACGAACGACGACCUCCCCGGGUCCCAAAUCUGGGUAUGCUACUGGACCAACAGCUCCGCACCUCCCUCUUCCUCUCAUCCUCCAAACCUCGACCUCCAGCGCCUAUGGAAGACCCUCCCCUCCUCUGCACGCUCCUCCAUCGCCCUCUGGAAAGAGUCCUUCACAAACCCCACCUCCCGCCUCGAAACAAACUACUCGGGCACAGAGUACCUCCCCGGCCUCGCACGCCUGCCAGGCACGCAGGUGCGCGAGCACGAUCUAGCGACGUACUGGGGUGCGGCUCGGGAUCGGAUUCCGGAUUCUGCAAACGACCUAUUCACCCGGCCUGACGGAGCAAGAGAGGAUAAAGGAGUGCAGGAGGAAGCUGACGGGACAGGAAAGGUGCUUAGCGGCUCGAAUAGCGAGAAUGUAGUGCACAUCCGCUCAGGCCAAUGGUGGGCUAACUGCUCCCCGCCAGAAACCGCUGCAUACGAAGAAAAGCUGGAACCUACCCUGCGCGCAGGACUGGCUUAUCUCAACGCCCAUCGAGCGGAAACGGGGUGUAUGGGAAUUCGCUACUUGCGCAACUCUCCCUCCUUCUCUUCCAACCCUUCCAUCAAAAGCGACGAGGAAGAGCGAAAAGAAACAUGCGGCGCAGGCUUCUUCCACAAUCUCGAGGAUUUAGAAAGGUGGAGUAAGACCCACAGCAGUCAUUUGAAGAUCUGGCGCGGGGCGCUGGCGCAUUACAAGGCGUUUCCGGAGGACAGGAGGUUGAGGACGUGGCAUGAGGUCAGUGUCAUCAAGGAGGGGGAUGCGAGGUGGGAGUAUGUGAACUGUAGGGCUGGGACGGGGUUAUGGGGUGUGUGGCGUUGGAGGGGGAGAUGUUGGAGGCGUAGUAUACGAUUUGGAGGCGAAUUAUUUAGAGGCGAAUCAUGUGAAGGCUUGAUGCAGUACUAUCAAAUUUGA